GCAUGUCGAGAGCACAUAGGAUGAGGACACAUGGAGCCUCAGGAUGUGGACUCACCACUGUGAGAGGCUCUGGAGCUGAAGACUUCAACCAGGACUUCAGCGCCUCCUGGGUAAAGGCAACAAGUGUCUGAUCACUUCUGGUCUUACUCUCCGAGCCACCAGUUAAUCCCUCUGGAUGCAUCAUAUCCAACCUCCAAAGGAUCCGAGGGGCAGGUUCAACCUUCGUUCCAUAGAUGAGGAAACUGACCAAUAAACACAUGGGUCUCAUGCCUCAGUGUCAACUCCCACGGAAAUCUCCAGUGUGUACUCUGAUGGUAUGAGCCUGCCAGAGAACAGAUUCAAAGUCAAUGCUGAAUACUCAGCUCAGAGGCAACAGUGAUGUUUCCUGCCCAUCCUAUUGUACUCUCACCAAUGGCUAUGUAUGGUGGCACCAUAAUGGCUGUGAGUGAGGCCCUGGUGUGUGUGAAGAACACUAUCCUACAACUCUGGCUGGGGAUAAUUUUGUUCCCAUAUGAAUGGUUCUUCGCUGUGCACUCCCAAUACUAUGGUCCUCCAGAAGUAGUAAUUCCCUUGAGGGUAACAGGCAUUGGCCUUAGCAUAAAGACUAAAGAUUGGCUCUCUUACAGAAUGCAUUUUGGGGGCCAGAAUCAGGUCAUACACAUGAAGGUCAACAAGCAUUUUCUAUCCAGACACUUCCAAGUGUUUACCUACUCAGGCCAAGGCGCUCUCUUUAAGGACCAGCCUUUUGUAAAGAAUGACUGUAACUAUUAUGGUUAUGUGGAGGGGGACCCAGAAUCUCUAGUUGCCCUCAGUACCUGUUUGGGGGGUUUGCAAGGAAUAUUACAGACAAAUGACACUGUUUAUGAAAUAGAGCCCAAGACACUUUCUACCACAUUUGAACAUUUCAUAUAUAAAGUGGACAGUGAGGAGACACAGAUGCCACCCAUGAGAUGUGGAUUAACAGAUGAAGAAAUAGCACGACAAUUGAAGUUUCAAGAGAAUGUUAAUUUCACUUUGAUGCAGAGUGGGUAUGAAGGCUGGUGGACCCACAGGCGGCUUCUUGAACUGGCAGUGGUGGUGGACCACAAUCGCUAUCUUCAUCACCAAAGUAACACCACAGCUGUGCAGUAUGAAGUAUUACUUGUUGUCAAUGAAGUAGAUAACUUUUUGAGUUCACUGGAUGUUGAUGUGGUUUUAAUGGGAAUUGAGGUCUGGACUGAAAAAAAUCCAAUUAAAAUAGAUAACAUAGUAGAUCUCCUGGAAGAAUUUUGCAUAUGGAAGCAAACUAGCUUAAACAGCCGCAUUCCCCAUGAUAUUGCACAUCUUUUUGUAAAACGUAGCUAUGGUAUUACUAUUGGCAUAGCCUUUAUUGGAACAGUAUGUAACUUUAGUUAUAAUUGUGGAGUGGAAAGUUUAAUGUACAAUAAUUUGUAUACUGUUGCAUACACUAUGAUCCAUGAGAUUGGUCAUAAUUUUGGUAUGGUACAUGAUGGACCAACUUGUACAUGUGGACAUAAAACCUGCGUAAUGUUUCAAGGUAUAUCAGGUACAACUAGAUUCAGCAACUGCAGCUAUGCUAGCUUCAUCAACACCACUGCAAGUCAAAACUGUAUGUACAUUUCAUCUAAUACAGGGAACAUCUUCACACUUGCAAAGUGUGGGAACGGUGUGGUUGAAGAAGGAGAAGAGUGUGACUGUGGCGCUUUACAUUUGUGUAUAGAUGAUCCCUGCUGUGAGUCAGACUGCACUCUCAGCCCUGGGGCUGCUUGUGCUUCUGGGCUUUGUUGCAAAGACUGCCAGAUCCUGCCAACAGGCGAAGUUUGUAGACAAGAGGAAAAUGACUGUGAUCUCCCAGAGUGGUGCAAUGGGACAUCCUACCAUUGUCCAGAGGAUGUGUAUGUGCAGAAUGGGGUGUCAUGCAAGGGUGGUGGCUACUGCUAUGAAAAGCGAUGCAAUAACCGUGAAGAGCAGUGUAGGAACAUUUUUGGCAAAGAGGCCAAGAGUGCAAAUCAGAGUUGCUACACAGAAAUGAACACCCGAGGUGACCGUUUUGGGAACUGUGGUCUAAUGAAGGCUAGAUACGUGCAAUGUAACAUCUCAGAUACCUUGUGCGGGAGGAUUCAGUGUGAAAAUGUGACAGAACUUCCCCAUCUGAGAGAUCAUUCUACUGUGCAUUGGACUCACUUCAAUGGUGUCACCUGCUGGGGUACCGACUACCACUUUGGGAUGACCAUACCUGACAUUGGUGAUGUGAAAGAUGGGACAGAGUGUGGGGCAGAACAUGUCUGCAUCCAAAGGAAGUGUGUCCAUAGGUCACUUCUGGUAAAUGAUUGUGCACCUAAGACCUGCAAUAUGAGCGGAGUCUGCAACAACAGACAUCACUGCCAUUGCAACCCAGAGUGGGACCCUCCCAACUGCCUGAAAAGAGGCCAUGGAGGUAGUAUUGAUAGUGGGCCACCCCCUGGGAGAACAGUGAGGCAAAAGACCAAUUACCUGAGACUACUUUGGUCGAUUCGUUUUAUUAUUUUAUUAUGCUUGUUAAUUUUGGGUUUUCUGACACGCAGAAGAACAGAUAAGAGUGAAGAGCAGAAUGUGGCACCUUCACAUGAGUAAGAAGAGCAAAAUGUCAAGACUUUACCUAAGGAAGAAGAGCAUGAUGCUCCAAUAUCAUCUAAGGAAGAACAGAGAAAUAUCAUACUGCAUUUUACAAAAACAAGAAACAAUUUACAAUUUUUAAAAAGAAGCCCAAUUUCCCAUGUAGUAAAGUUUAGUCUCCUGGCUGUAGAAAUGUUACAGCAUGUGUCACAGACCAUUGACAUAAUGCCUGAGAAUUUUUAUUAUUUGGGAUCAUAAAACAUUGGUCAUUAAACAAUUGGCAAAAUAUCUUAA